UUCAUCGAACGGCUCUAGAUGCAGCAGCGUUCUGUUGUUGUGUUCAGCACCUGUUCUUUGACGAAUCCAAACACCGUCUAUGAGUCUAUCCAUUCCAACGGGGAAAGAAGUCCUCCAUAUCCAAGAGACAAGAGUUUCUCCUUCUUCCAAAACCCUUCCCAUUUCUGCAACCAAGAUUCCAAUUAAAAAGAAAUACCAAAGCAAAACUCAGCAAUAAUACUCAAAACCAAACUUUACAAUGGGCAACAAAAACUCAAUAAAACGUCCCUUCACCUGCGAAAUAUGCAUCGAACCCAUGUUAUCAUACAAAAAGAAGUUCCGAAACAACAACCUCUGCGUCCACCCGUUUUGCAACGAAUGCAUAGCCAAGUACGUACAGUUUAAGAUCGAGGACGAGCGGGUUGCUGGAAUCAAGUGCCCCGGAUCAAACUGCGACAAGCUGCUGGAUCCGCUCUGCUGCCGGGCCCUGAUACCUCCCGAAGCGUUCGACCGGUGGUGCGAUCUUCUGUGCGAGAGGGCCCUGUUGGGGCUCGACCGGUGUUACUGCCCGAACCGGGUUUGUUCGGCCGAGGUGGUGAACGAGUGUGGUGGGAUCGUGAAGAAGUCGAUGUGUCCCAAUUGUAAAGAGUGGUUUUGUUUUAAAUGUAGGGUUACUUGGCACGCGGGGUAUCUGUGCGAGGAGCUGAGAGAUUGGAGUGAUAUUGCGUUUGCGGAUUUUGUUGCGAGGAAGAAGUGGAUGAGGUGUCCAAAGUGUCGACACUUUGUUGAGCACUUUUAUGGUUGCUCCAUUAUUAAGUGCAGAUGUGGGAGCAGUUUCUGCUACAAGUGUGGAAAGAAGGUGAAUGCCCACAGGUGUGACUGCAAAGGUAAAGCUAACAACGAAGAUACAACUAACAACAACGAAGAUACCGAUAGGCGUAGGGAUCGAUGUGCACUGGGCAAUUUCGGCGGGUUUAGGGACAAAUUCUCAACCAACUCAUAUUUGGCAGGUUCAAUGUUUUUUGCCCGUAACCAUCCUUCACAACUUCUAAUGGGUUGGUUGAGUUACUUAACGGUUUUGAACCAUGUAUUAAGGCAAGGUAGGGGUAACAAUUUCGAAAUUUAUCAAAGAGUUCCCGAUCCAGGAAGUACGGAUGCGCGAUAUCGUUUAUGCGAAUCUACAUCAUUUUGUUUAUUUCUGUGGUCUUUCCUACUCCUGUUAAGUGGUCUCGAUGAUAUAGCCUCACCGUGUCUCGAUGAUCUAGCCUCACGGUCUCCUGCAUCUUGGAAACCGAUGGCCACAAUCUUGAAAAAGGAUGCCUGA